AUGUCUGGCGCAAGACACUGGGAGCAAGAUAAAGAGGCCACGGUUUACAUCGGUAACCUGGACGAGAGGGCUUCCGAUAGCCUGGUAUGGGAGCUCAUGCUGCAGGCUGGGCGCAUCGUGAACGUUCACCUCCCUAAAGAUCGAGUCACACAGUCACACCAAGGAUAUGGGUUCGUGGAGUAUAUCAGUGAGGAGGAUGCCGAGUAUGCCUCAAGGGUCAUGAACGGGAUUCGUCUCUACGGCAAGCCUAUUCGGGUGAACAAGGCCUCCGCAGAUAAGCAAAAGUCCGUGGAAAUUGGCGCAGAGCUCUUUGUUGGAAACCUCGAUCCUAUGGUUUCGGAGCAAGUCCUCUACGACACGUUCAGCCGCUUUGGCACCUUGGUCAAUUUGCCUAAGAUUGCUCGGGAUGACAACAAUCUGUCCAAGGGUUAUGGAUUCGUCUCAUUUGCCGACUUCGAGUCAUCCGAUGCCGCUAUCACCAAUAUGGACGGUCAAUACCUCAUGAACAAGCAAGUUUCUGUGCAAUACGCCUACAAGAAGGAUGGUAAAGGAGAGCGACAUGGUGAUGAGGCCGAGAGAACGCUGGCCGCGCAAGCUCGGAAACACAAUGUUCGCCCACCAACACAGCAGGUUCAAUCUGGUCAAUUCCCCGGAGCAGGUACUGGUCCUUCUGCUACCCCCACCGCUAUGCCAAAUGGUGAUGCUUCGAGACCUGUGAGCACCGGUCCGCAGACGCCCGACCUCGCUAUGGGCAGGGGCAUGCCAAUGCCGAUGAACUACCAGAGCGUACCUCCUCCUCAGCAGGGCCGACCAGGACCUCCUCCUCCUUCGUCACUCACAACUCCCCCUCCCGGUCUACCAGCCCGUCCCCCGCCAUCUCAAGCCGGCUAUGGUGGCCCUCAAACCUUCCUUCCACCAGGGUUCAAUGGCGCGGGUCAGCAACCCCCCUUAUCCCCCGCAAGGAGGAGCACCACCCCCAGGAUUUGGCCCUCCUGGCUUUGUCCCUCCAGCAGUGGCCCCCACGGCCCCCGGAGCACCCCCAUCGUUGCCUCCUGGCUUCCAGCAACCUGGGUACGGAACUGGUCGUUGAGUGAGCAUAUGCGACAUUUAGCAUGCAACCCAUCAUUACAAAGAUUGAUGAUUGUGGAUGCAAUGGCGCUGAAGCAUGCUACAUGUCACGAUUGA